AUGCUGCCGCCGUCUCCACAGCAUUUUCCUCCUCCCCGGUUUUCUCAGCCUCCAGUGCAACAGAACUCUGGUGCAACCGUUGCGACCAACGGGCCGGCGGCCCCUCAUAAGCGACCAGGAAGUAGCAUGUCAAUAUCCUCCAUGCUCGGCGCUGAACCAGAAAGACCUCUGCACGAUCCGUUCCACAUCCACGGUCAACCUGCGAGACCGCAGUCUGGGCCGUUUUCACAUCACGGACCGUCAAUGUCACUUGGCGCGGUCAUGUCGCCGCCUCAUUACUCGGGCAAGACGAACACAACUGAAUAUUCGUACAAACCGAGGUCAAAGACUCCUGACAGGGCUGCGGGCCAGUCACUGGGGGUGAGAGCCCAACGUUCGAGUUCAGGGAGCAUGACUCAACGCCCUGGCCCUUUCUACGAACCGACCCCACGAUCACAGCCGACCCAGCCGAAUACUUUCCAUGAAUCCAAAUACACCCCUCCGUUUGGUCCCGUAACAGGACACAGAGACGAGUUCGAGGAUCGAGCUCGACGCACGAGUAUCGGUGGCAUUUUGCAGAGACCCGAGAGUCAGCCUCAACCAGCCCACAUGUCACCGUCGUUUCCUACGUCUCACCCACUCAGUCGACCCGAGAGCAUACCUCCCUCCCUGGCGCCAGUUGAUCGGCCGGCCCAGCAGAUAAUGCACGGACAGGACCCCCCUCGCUCGAAUGGCGGCACGAGUCACUAUGACACGCGCCCGCCUGGCUUUUCGACCCUGUCGCGAGUUCCACCGUCUGCGCCUCCACCAAUGUCGGCUCCUCAGGACCGCCCUCUUACUCAAUCUCUUUCUCCAGAACUGAGAAGACCUCAUCUGAAUGGUGGUGAGGGUCGACUGGCAGGAAUACUGAAUCAACAAGGUGAUCCCCUUUUCGGGUCCCAAAACAUGAUGCGGCAAGACUCGAUUCAAUCACAAAGCGACCGAUCUGUCCUUGGGGAUCGUCUCCGUAACAACCGAGCUUACUCGCCGUUUGCAGGCUCCGUCGCUUCGGGGCCCUUGGACGACCCAGUGCGCAAAGGUAGCGAAGAAUUGUCGCAACACAGGACCAUCCUUGGCUUGGCGAACGAAUCCAAACGGGGGAGAUAUUCGCCCGUCCCGCAGGCUGUCCAAGGAGCGCAAGCCCAGACUCCAGCACCCGAUGCAGGCAUCAAAUCCGAGCACGGUCGGGUGUUCGCUGGUAUCGGCAGUGGAUUGGGAUCUGCUUCAGCCGGUCCUACUCCAACACCUCAGCCUCUCUCCGCUAGCCCUUUUAAGCGCGAUGAAGGUGGUGCUCGCUUGAGCGAGGAGAACCUGUUGAAGAUGUCCCGAAGUACGUCCGGCAUCAGCAAGCGGAAUCGCAAGGCGAUGGAAGACAACAACCGAGCUGAAAGUGACGCAGGCGACGCUAAGAAAGGCCCUGGUCGAGGCAAAAGAAGCAAGUACGCACACUCGUACAAGCUCGACCUGGACGAUACCGCUCCGGGACAAAGGAAGAACGUUGCAUUUCCACUGUCUAAUUUCGGUCGUCGCGCGGCCACCCCUACAUCCAAUCCGUCACAAUCACUCCAGAAUUCUCAUUCCCAGCUACCGGCGUCUGCGGCAGCACGGCAGCUCAACAAGUCCAAGAAGACGAUCAAGAUAUCCACUGUCGUAACACAGGCCGCACGCAAUCGACGUCGUCAUCUUGGGAUUUUCAAGUAUGACCCUGUGGUGUCACAGCCGAACAGCAUUCUACCCCAUCAGGAGAAGUUUGAUGUUUCGAUCCGGCCAAAUCUUCUGCCUUCUUUUUCAGAUCCAGAGCAGAUCAACUGUACUUAUACGGUCAAAGUGUCCCGGAUGUGGUUACGGGAACGAGAGAGACAUCUCAUAGGUCGCGAGCAAUACCUUUGGGGUUCUGGGAUCUAUACGGACGAUUCCGAUCCCCUGGCAGCGGCCAUGCAUUCGGGUUUCAUCGAGUCCGCGCGUCCCAACGACGCCGUUCUGGAGCGGUUGAUCGAGGAACAGAAUCCCAAAAUCGAAGGGCUGGCAGCGCCGGUCAAGCCGGCAGCUGUGUCGGAGGGUAAAGAUCUGCAUAUCACGUUGGUCGUGCUACCACAGCUGGAAAGCUAUACGGACAGUGUGCGCUACGGGAUCAAGAGUCGAAGCUGGCCUGAGCGUGAAAAAGAGGGUGCGACUCCAGCUCCUCAUGACGGCGUUAGUUUCAUGGUGCUGAAGACGGAGUUUUUGGACGACGGGAUCAUGAAUCGACGUGUUGGCAGAACGGGCAAGGAAAAGCGCAAGCGGCUGCGGGAAGAAUUAGCGGACCGCAAGCGUUCAUUCGAGAUUCGGGACAAAAUGGUUGAGAUUCAAGCCAGAAACAGAGAGAAGAAGUGGAAAGAGCAACGACAACAGAAAUCAGCCCAAACUACCGGCGCCAGAGCCUCCUUGAAGCCCGACGAAGAAGGGCUGAAAAGCUACGCUGGCUUUUCUCGUUUGGUCAAACCGUCGGACGAGAGGGAAAACCACGUGCCCAGCAACAACACAGGCGAUCGAAGCAGUGCCACGCUGGAGGGAGUUGGGCACAACCCUGAGGAAUGGUUCAAGCAACUCAACGACUCGGCAACGCCGGCAGAGCUCGCCGCCACCGCCAGUGCUUAG